AUUUGAUGACAUCCACCAUUUCUCUCUCACACACAAAGACACACCAACCAGCCUCCAACCUCUUCAUCGAUGGUGUUCUCCGGCGAACAACCACGGCCUCACAUCGCCAUCAUCCCAAGCGCCGGCAUGGGCCAUCUCACACCUUCAUGCCGCCUUGCCACCACUCUAGCCGCCCAAGGAUGCCACGUGUCCCUCAUCGUCUUCCAUCCAAUGGUUUCCUCCGCCGAGUCCAAAUCCAUGACCAACUUCUUCUCCAGCUUCCCCUCAAUCCACCCCAUCCACUUCAACGUCGUCCCCCUCCCCGGCUCUGGCGAUCCAUUCUUUCUCCAGUUUGAAGCCAUUCGCCAGUCUCCUCACCUCCUCCUCCCUCUUCUCACUUCUUCUUCUUCUCCACCGAUUACUUCUAUCAUCGUCGACAUCUCUUUAGCUUCCACUUUCUUACCGGCCAUUUCUCCGACAGGGAUCAGCACCUUCAUUUUCUUCACUGCCUCGGCGUCAAUGCUUGCCCUCUGUGCUUACUUUCCCACUCACAUUGACAUUGAUCAGAACAAAAGAAGCAAAGAUCAUGUGGAUGUCCCUGGAGUUGGAGUUAUUCCAAUGGCUUCAAUCCCUCCCAGACUUCACAACCCCAGUGAUCUUUUCACCACUCAGUUCGUCGCCAAUGGACGUGCUCUCAUGCAAGCCAAUGGAGUCUUGAUAAACACCUUUGAAGCUCUAGAACCAGAGACUCUCACAGCGUUCAAUAAUGGAGUUGUGUUGCCUGGGUUCCCUCCUGUCAUGGCCGUUGGGCCAGUGAAGCAACUCCCGUUGAUGGAAACGUCUGCGGCGUUGCCGUGGCUUGAUGCGCAGAUGGAGAGGUCGGUGGUGUACGUGAGCUUUGGUAGCCGGACGGGGAUGUCGGUGGAGCAAAUCAGAGAACUAGGAGUUGGGUUGGAGAGGAGUGGGGCUAAGUUCUUGUGGGUGAUUAAAACUAAGAUGGUGGACAAAGAGGAAGCGCAAGUGGAGUUAAAGGAGUUAUUAGGAGAGGAAUUGGUGGAGAGGAUCAAGGAGAUAGGAUCAAUGGUGGUGCAUGGAUGGGUGGAACAAGAGGAGAUCUUGAAGCAUGGAGCUGUGGGUGGGUUUGUGAGUCACUGUGGUUGGAACUCGGUGAUGGAGGCGGCGCUGCAUGGUGUGCCGGUGCUGGCGUGGCCUCAAAUAGGAGAUCAGAAGGUGAACGCUGAGGUGGUGAGGAGGAGUGGGUUGGGGAUUUGGGUGGAGGAGUGGAGUUGGGGAGGUCAAGAAGGUAAGGUGGUGAAGGGGGAGGAGAUUGCGGAGAGAGUAAAGGAGCUUAUGGAUAGCCCGGUGGUGUGCUCGUCGGCGGCGAGGGUGGCGGCGGAGGCUGUGAAGGCUGUUGGAGAUGGUGGAAGCUCUGAGAAAAGUUUGGCUGAGUUCAUUGCUAAGUUGGAAGGGGUGAAAUAUAUGGGAUUAAUAAAUUAGUUACUGUUUUUAAUUAUAUGGAUACGAUAAUAAUGAAUGGUAUUUAAUAAAUUUAUCUUGUUUUUGUUUUCUUA